UAUUAGUGUCUAGAUAAAAAAAACAAUCGUCUGUAUUCAUGAAAAGCAAUAAAAAUCGACUUCGUCAAGAUGGAAAUACCAAUUCAAGUAGCUGUACGCAUUUUUCCAGUCUAUCCCAAUGAAUUGUGUCGAGUGGAAACAUUUCCGAAAUAUAUCGAUGAUAAUUUAAAACAAUGUGGUGAUAUUUUGUCAAAUGGUUGCCAGCCAGGUAUCGAUGAGGGUGGGGUUGGUUUGGUGCAAGUAACAAGAUCUCGUCUAAUUGAAGACAAUAAUGGCAAUGCAUUGGAUAAUGAAAAAUCAUCUUUUAAAAUACGACAUGCUCUGCCCUAUGGAUGCCCACAAGAAUUUAUUUAUCGCAAUACCGUACAACCGAUGAUCCGAAAUUUUCUCGAAGGUUAUGAUGUGUCGAUUGUAACAUACGGACAAAGCGUCACAGGUAAAACGUAUUGCAUGUAUGGACCUGGUUUUGAUGGCGUCUACAAUGAAAUGGAAUAUGGCAUUGUGCCUCGUGCAAUUUGCGACAUUUUUUCACAGCUAUCAAAACGACCGAGUGGAUGCCGUUUUUCAGUGAAUAUUGCAUGGAUUGAAGUAAAUGGCAAUGAAAUACACGAUAUUUUGGGUGGCCGAAUUAUUCAAUGCAAUAAUCUGAAUGACGCAUUUCAUUUGUUACGAAUUGGUUUUUCAAAUCGAAAUACAGACGGAACGCACAGUAUUUUUACCAUAACAAUCGAACAGCAAUGGGUCAGUCCAGAUGGUUUACUUCAGCAUCGUCUAUCGACGGCCAGCUUUUGCGAUUUAUCGGGAACUCAACGAAUUGUAAAUGAAUUUAACGAGGAAAUUAGUGUGCCAAAAGAUCCGGGACUGCGGAUGUUGGAGAGAAUUGUGAUUUCAUUGUGUGAUUCGACGAUGCUGGAAAAUGAACGAAAUUUGUUGAUGAAUCAUUACGAAGAGACAAUGCUAACUAGAUUAUUGAAAGAUUCAUUUGGUGGCCGAGCACAAACCCUAUUAAUUUGCUGUGUAUCCCCGUUGGAAGAACACACGUUUGAAACCAUCGAGAAUUUACAUUUUGCUUACAAAACACAGUUUGUCAGGAAUGCCGUGAUAUUGAAUACAUUUUCCGAUAAUAAUAUGCCAAUAUCGAAUUUCCUUGAUCCAACUGCCAUGAUUGAUCCACGUUUGAUCAAAUUUCCACCAUACAAUCCAGCCGAUGCUAUGAACAAAGUGAAUCCAACCACACAAAAUGCAUCGGGCACGGAAUUUACAGCCAAUUGGACUAAACUCAUUGCAAAUGCUGAAGGUUUAUUUAAUAAAUUGCUGAUAAACAAUAAAUUACUUAACGACAAUGAUCGCGAAUGUAUCGAAGAAUGGAUGUACUUAAAACAAGAAUGUGAAUCAUUCAGUUCGGCCGGAUUAAUAUCGAAUGGUGGCCGCCUAUUGAAACCAAUCCAAGAAACCGAUGAGAAUAGUGAAAAUGAUGAACGCAGCAAUGGUGAAAUUUUGGAACAAGAAAAAACCGAUCAUUCCGGUCAAAAUGCCACAUUUUCAGACAAUGAAAGCGAUGCUGACGAGAAUUUGGAGCAUGUUGAGGCGAAAAUUCCCGAUCUAAUGAUUAAUUUUUCACGCCAUGUGAAUAAAAUGAUUGAAGAUUAUUAUAAAAACUAUGUAGAUACAUAUCCGAAAGCUGUGCUAAACAGUUACGACGACAAGCCAAAAGAAUUGGCUAUUGUGGCCGCCGGUGUUGCAACGAAUCGACGUCGAUCGGUUCAAGCUGGUGAUAGCAAUAGUGGAUUGAGUAGUUCCGAACUGGAUCAUUUAAAUCGGAUUGCUGAAGAGACAACAAAAGAACGCUUAGAAGAGAGUAUUCGAAACAGUCAACAAAUGUGUUUAAAUACGACGGUUGGUCGUGAGGCAACCGCAUUUUUGGAAAAUUCCGAUCAUUUGCAUCCGUUGAGAAUGGCCAGUCGUCAUCAAUCAGAAGUGUUGUUUUUGAACCAUAUCCGUCGCUUUCGAACCGAUAUCGAAGCGAAAGAAUCGAAAAUUACCGAACUAAAGCAAAAUAUUAAAAUAAAAAAAGAGCUUAUGAAAAUAAAUAGUGGCAGAGAUAAAGCAAAACGAGGACUUAAUCGUAAGGUUGCAUCAUUGGAAACGAAAAAGGAACGAUGCAUAAAAGCAAUGGAACGCUGUGAGAAAAAGGAAAUUGACAAAUGGAAAAUGGAAUUAUCCAAAAUUGAAACACAACUAACGGAAAUAUCUCGUUUGAGAGCGAUUAGUCAACACAGUGACAACACAAUCAAGGGCUUUCAACAAGAUAUUGAAAUAAGUGAUAAACAAUUGAAAAUGUUGGAGAAAGCAUUGGAAGCAGAUAAGAAGUCGCUGCGUGAAGCUGAAACAAAAUGGAAAAGCGAAAAGGCAAAGAAUGCCAAAACUGCAAAAGAAGAGAAACGUAUGAGUGUUGACACCCGUAUCACGCAAUUCGAUAGUGUGCUGAAAGAAAAGAGCGAAUAUUUGCAGAAAAAUAACGACGAAAGUGAAAUGGUGCAAUCAAUUCGGCAUGAAAUUCGAAAUUUACGAAGUCAACGUGAUCGUUUAACUGAUGCACAGUGUCUGCUAAAUCAAAAAUUGAAAAAGGAACGACUAACCGAAUGGGAAACUCGAAAAAUACUCGAAUAUGAUGUUGCCAAGGAGGUGAUCGAUCACGCAAUGGAAAUGAAGAAUCAAUUGAUAUGCGGCCGUGAUAUGUUGAAUCGGAAAAGUGUCGGAAAUCCAGAUCUCAUGAGUCAAUUAAAUAAGUUAAAUGAAAAAGAGAUGCGUGUACUGCUGUACAAAUGUUUUCAAAAAAUUGUCGAUUUACGCGACAGCAGUCGUCAGUUGGAGAUUCAAUUGUUGCAAUUAGAACAGGAACGAAAUGAAUGGAAACUACGUGAACGUGUAUUGUGCGAUGAAUUCCAGCAGUCCCGUUUGGUAGGAGAACGUAAUACGCUCGAUUUACAAAGACACUAUGAAAGAACGCUAACAAUGCUAUUGCAGAGAGCUGGCGAAGACUGUGCAGAAUCGCCAAAUAUACCAAGUGAUUCAUUUAUGCUGCCAUCACCAUAUUCACCGUUUACACAUUCCAAUAAUCGUCAUCAUGCCAUUCGAAAUGAAAUCGGCUUUGGCAUUCAUGAUUAUAAAAGUGCAAAUCAACAUCAACAACAUGCAUAUCGUUUUGCAAAUACAGCUGUAGCCACAACAUCCAAACGAGAAAUUGCCGAAAGAGAAAUUGCUGACGCGCUCAAUAAUCCAAAGCAAAAGGCUACCGGCUCACUAUUCUUUAGACGCUUCGCUUCAAGCAAUGGAUUUAAACGUAAUAUACCACAACUAUUGAUGGCCAAUGGUACACCACAAAAUACAACGACCGAAAGCAAAGUCAGUCUGGUUAAAAGAAAAAAUUCAUCUAGGAAAAUUAUCAUCCAACAAAAUAAACCUUAAUUUCAUUUGAGUACAUAUAUAUACAUAUGUAUAGAUGUGUUAGAUGCAGCAAUUCUAUUUGCAUUUAUCGGAUAUUUUUAACAAACAAAUUUAUUUCUUCUUUUUAUUUUCUAUUUACAACAUUAGUAUGUAGUCAA